ACAUCUCCCAAUUUUGUUUCUUCACCUCUCUCUCCUGAUUGGCUUCUUACUCUCUCCUUCUCUCAAAACUUUCAAAACUCUGAAAUAUUAAAAAGCAAACCACCAAAAAUGGAAUCCAGCCCCGCCCCGUCGAAGGCGACAGUCAAGCGUCUUUGGCAAAUCAUAAGUGCAGUCUUUGUAAUGUUCCGCGAAGCCCUAGGCAAACGCCACCUCUUGAAUGACCUCCGCCUCCAUUUUCUCUUUCACCAAGGCAAACUUGCCGGAAAAUCUCUCCGCUCCCUAAUCUUAGACCUCUCCCAUCAACACCCCUCCUCCAUCCAUGCCACUGCCAUCGAUGCUUUCUCAUGUCGCUUCAUGGACCCCGAUGCCGCCAUCUUCGCACCUCGUGAGGUUGAGUUUAGUUGCAGCAGCACGCCCCACUUCGCCCCUACUCGCCGACGAAUUCAUCAUGUCGGUGGCCGCCGCCGCCGACAUAAUGGAGACCACGCUGCCGAGGUCGCCCGAGCUUUUGAGAUUCUUGACUCGGUUCCGGAUAAUGGGGGAGCUGUAGAAGAGGUGCUGACACCGCUGAUAUCAGUCCUAGCGACGCCUGCGCCGACAGUUAGGCCGCUUAGGGUGACGGAUUCGCCGUUUCCCCUGAUGGAAGAGGAAGACACGGACGAGGUGGUGGAUCUGGAGGCGGAGGAAUUUAUCCGACAAUUCUACGAGCAGCUUCGACGGCAGCAGAUGUGGUCCUACUAAUGGUAAAGUAUGAUGGUGAAGUAUGAUCCCCGAUUGCUUAAAAAAAAAAAAAAAACUACUACAAGAAAUGCUGAGAAAAAAAAGUUACCGGAAGGAUUUUUAUUUUCUUUUAAUUUUGAUGAAUGGUUGCUAUAAAUAAGUUGUGUUGAUGUAUAAUUAUAUUGUAUUCCUUGUACUUUUAUCGAUAAAAAAUAAAUCACUUUACAUA